UCGGCUUGGCAGAAACCCUUGAGCUUCGUCGGGAAAUUCUUAACUGCCAGGGCUGUUGUUGUUGCCGAGUCUUUUUAGGUUACUGGAUUCGACCACUUUUCUUACAUGCACAGCGUCGUCCUGCUCUGAUUUCGACGUCUCAUGUGUUUAUUUUCUUCUCCUAACUCUCGCAUCGUCCGUUAUCGAUUCCGUCGUUUGGAAUUCGCGAGGCGGUUAAUUUUUUAGGUUUUUUUUUUGGUUUUCGAUCCUCCUCUUUGGCGGACUUUUGACGACGUCUUUAGUGUUUUAGAAAGGGGUUUGGAGUGAUAGUCGUUAUAUUGCGUCUCAGGAAGUUGUUGACAGAAUUUGGAGUUAAAUUAUCUCGUGGAAGGGUUUAGUUAGGGUUUGGAAGUCAUGCCGCGGAGAUCUAAGGUCCAGGCAGGGCCUGGACAGGUCCUGAUCAAGCAGAGGACCCAGGCGAUGAUGAAGGAGAGAUUGAGCAGGGCGACUGCCAAACAUAAUAAACCCCUUGAGUCGAAGAUUGAUGUGCGUGAUUUGGACGAUGUAAUGGAGCAAGCAGAGCUUGCUGGUCAAGUUUUCUCCGCAGAGAAUCCCCUUGCCGACCUCCUAGUUAAACCGGAGACUGAUGAGGACGCUCUCGAAGCUUCAAGGGAAGAACGUCGUGCUGAGGAGGCACUGCAUGCAUCAAGCCUUACCAUUCCAAGGCGACCCAAGUGGACAUCCAGUAUGACUCCACAGCAGUUGGAUGUUAAUGAACGUCAGCAUUUCUUGGCCUGGCGACGCGGUUUGGCAGAACUGGAGGAUAACGAAAAGCUGGUGCUGACGCCGUUCGAAAAGAAUCUCGAUAUAUGGAGGCAAUUGUGGAGAGUAGUGGAACGCUGUGACUUGAUUAUCAUGGUCGUCGAUUCUCGGAACCCGCUUUUUUACCGUUGUCCCGACUUGGAGGCCUACGUCAAGGAGCUUGACCCCCACAAGGAAACUAUGAUACUUUUGAAUAAAUCUGACCUCUUGACACGAGAUGCAAGGAAAAAAUGGGCUAAAUAUUUAAAAGAACAGGGCAUUUCGUAUAUGUUCUGGUCUGCUAAAAUCGCCACCGCUAUCCUUGAAGGGAAAGUGUCAGCGGAUGCAGCUGUGCCCAAGUUAGAUGAGGAAGAAUCUGAUGAUGAAGACGCUGUUAUUCUGGAACGUGAGGAACUCCUUAAUCGAGUACAAAAAAAGGCUGAGGAAAUCGCAGAAGCAAGGCGAAAGGCAACACAAGUGUCACUGUCUCAACAUUUGGAAACGCAUGGGAGCUCCUUAGGCCGGGAUGUUAUAGCAGCCGCUUCUGUGGCUGGGACCCCAAGUGCAUCUGGUAGAGUUAUGGUUGGUUUUGUCGGGUACCCCAAUGUGGGGAAGUCGUCCACCAUCAAUGCUCUAGUUGGUCAAAAGAAAACAGGUGUAACAUCUACUCCGGGCAAGACGAAACAUUUUCAAACGCUUAUUAUGAGCGAAAGGCUGACUUUGUGCGAUUGUCCCGGGCUUGUGUUUCCUUCUUUCACAAGUUCGCGGUCAGAGAUGGUUGCUGCCGGAGUUCUCCCAAUAGACCGAAUGACUGACCAUCGGGGGCCUAUUCAAGUUGUGGCAAAUAAAGUCCCAAGAGCAGUUCUGGAAAGUACGUAUGGGUUUACUUUACCUGCACCAAAACCCUAUGAACGUGCAGAUAGGCCACCUACAGCAGCCGAGUUACUUAGAGCUUAUGCUAUGUCCCGCGGGCACGUUGCUUCUAGUGGCUUACCUGAUGAGACUAGAGCUUCUAGAACUAUAUUGAAAGAUUACCUUAGUGGAAAGUUAUUAUUUUGCUAUGCUCCGCCUAAUGAAGAACAAGCUGGGUUCUCACAAAGGAUUGCUAAUAGUAACGAGGAUGACGAUGAAGAUGAAAAUGAUGAUGAAGAUGAAGACGAGCUCGUUAUGGAAGAUGGUUCGGACGAUGAUGACUUAAGUGUAGGUGAUGUUGCUGAAUCUUCGCAAGGCAAAUUGUUAGGAGUAAAUGAUGCGAACAUGGAGGACGUAUUUGGUGAUUUAGAUACCUUGACAAUUGGUGCUGAUUUGAGAGGCCCAAAACUGAAGAAGGGGAAGGAGAAGGCACCUCACAAGAUGCAUAGAAAAGCUGCUCGUAAGAAAGAUCGGACCUGGAGGGUCACAAACGAUGGAUCUGACGGGAUGCCUUGUUCAGGUGUUACGCAGAAAGCUGUCAGCCAUGGGGCUGCCAAAGUUCGACUUUCCGUCUGAUUUGCUUGAGGUGUGGUCACAAGAGAAUCCUCCAUUGUGCAAAUGAAGGCUUGGAACAGUGGUAGAUGUCGUGGUGGCUUAAGCCGUGGAUAUCUGCAUAAUUUUGAAGAAUUUUUGUAGAUUCAGAUGCAUCUACAGUUAAGUGACUUAGAAACUUGAGAUUUUUCUUAAGAGUUGGGUUAAGUGCCCGGAUUAUAGUCUUGACAUCAAUUGUACCAUAGUCACUGGUUUGAUGACUGGCGCAUGAGGCCACAUUUAAGUUUACAAAAAUCUGGUUUCGCUAUUGAUUUUUUUUUUUUUUUCUCUUCUGGUCUCAAACCAUCAUCGUGGUUUUAACAUAAUGAAAAUCAAGGAUCACAAGUGAUGACAGGGAUGGAAAAUGUACAUACGUAAUAAUAGCCUUUCUCAAGGCUGAGGCCGAUAAAGUUUGCAACUGUUUCGAUUC